UCUCAUUCCCUGUGGCCCGGUCCGUCUUUCCCUUCUUCCCCUGUCCCUAUGUGAGCGCCUGCCACUCUGGCUCCUGGCUGUGGUGCUGCAUCAGUGUCAUCACUCAGGAUGGACUCCCCACCACUCUACCUGCCUCUGCUGCUGCUGACCUGUCUGCUCACCCUCUGGCAAGGGGCAGGAGCUCAGUCAUUAUUCACCAUAGAUAGUGUGACACUCAAACUGGACCCAAGUGGUGAGGUAACCAGUGGGACCUUGAUGAACCUGAACUGUGAGGUCAGCGUCAGCCAUGACCAGUCCAACCCCAUGACACACAGCUUCAACUUCCUGCGAGACGAUGUCCUGGUCUACUCCAAAAACACCACCGAAUCUGCGGCCCUUCACCAGCUCAACCCGGCCAGGGCUGCCAACUCUGGCACUUACAAGUGCCAGGUCAUAGUUCAAGACAAGAGCAAAGGCAGCAGAACCCACAGACUCACAGUCACAGGCUUGCAGACGCCUGUGCUGCAGGUGACCUCCCAGAUCCUGUUUGAGGGGGAUGAGGUGGCAGCUACCUGCAGCGCCCCAGAUGAGUCUGGCUCCCUGCUCUUCCACUUCUACCAGGACCAGGAGAAGAUCAAGCAGGUGAGGGCCAUUGGAAACUCAGUGGGGACCAGGCUGGAGCUGAAGCAUGCUGGGGACAAACACCUGCGCUGUUACUUUGAAAUCACCAUGCUGCCUGACGCUGGGAGGUCCAACAACAGUAACACUGUCAAGGUCAUGGUCAAAGAACUUUUCAUCACACCUGUCAUGAACAUUCUUCCUGGUAAAAACGUGAUUGAGGGUGACAUUGUCGAGUUUGUCUGUCGAGUGGUGAACCCCCCAUCCAAUGUGACGGUCUUCCUGAACAAGGACAAGAGGGUGCUUAAGACAGCCUCCAUUAGUCUCAGUCAUUCACUCAGAGUUCUGGCAGAGGACUCUGGGGAGUAUGUGUGCAAGGUGGAAAGAGGCAAUGUGCAGAAAGAAGCCUAUGAGAGCAUCAAAGUCAAAGAGUUGUUUUCCAAGCCAGUCCUGGUGAUGAAGCCCAGAGAGGUGUUUGAGACAGAGCGCUUCACACUGAACUGUGAUACUGACCGCUAUUCCCAUGAGAGAAUCAACAUUGGGGACGUGAAGUACUCCCUGUACAGGAACCAAGUCCUACUGACAUCAGGAGGGAACUACAGUGCCACAGCACACCCCUCCCUUAAUGGAAAUUACUCCUGCCAGGCCCAAGCCCAAGGAAGAGGCCAAACCAAAAAGAUCUUCAAAAACAGCACACAGAUUGUCCUCAAGGCAAAAGUGCCUGUGUCAGUCCCUCUUCUGAGCGUGGUAGGGGGCAGGUUGAUCCUGGGCAAGCCCUUCCAGCUCCAGUGUCAGAGUGACAACGGUAGUCUGCCCAUUACCUACACCCUGCUGAGCCCCCACAGACAAGCUGAGUUCAGGGUGGUCCGCAGACCCUGGGAUCUGGCCCUCUUCAACAUCACCUCCAUCCAUAGGAGCUCUGACAUCCACAGCUUCUCCUGCAAAGCCGAGAACAACCCCAGUCAGCCCUACAUGGAGAGCUCAGGAGAUCACCUCCGACGCACUGCCACCAUCAUAGAGCCAGUGUCCAGGCCAGUACUGACCUUGACACCCAAAAUGGGGGACGUGGCUGAGGGGGAGGACCUGACCCUAACCUGCACUGUCCAGCGGGGCACGCCCCCCAUCACCUACACAUGGUAUCACACAAAGAGUGCCCUGCCCCUGCUGUCCAAGACCACCAAUGACAUGCGAUUAUCCCACUCGUUUCAAGGUGUCAGUAGAGAGCAUGGAGGCGGAUACUACUGUGUCACUAACAACCCAUCCAAUGACAGCCAGAGGAGUGCCAUGGUCACUGUUGGAGUGAAGUUGGCUGGCUGGAAGAAGGGGCUGAUCGCAGCAUUCUGCAUCCUGCUCACAGUGUCUCUCAUCAUCAUCAUCCUCGUUAAGAAAUGCCUUCUUCCAUUCAGAAGAGAGAGAACAGUGGAACUGUCAGUGAAGCCAGCAAGCACUAAAACAGACGAGACUCUGAGGCUGACCCAUGGAGAAGUCAAUGAGGCUGCCAAUGUCACUCCUGGGGUCAUGGGAAGGAGCGUCUGGAGUGAUCACGUCUCAGGCUCAGAGUCUGACGACCAGACCAGCGAGGAAACUACUGAGGUACCUGAGCCACAAUACACUGAGGUCCAUCCCCAGGAGGUAGGCCCCACCAGAGCCCCUGUGAAGAAAGGCACAGACACUGUGUACAGCGAAGUGCGGAAUUCGAAUCAAGGUGAGUCAGCGUCCGAACAAGCUGACGGCCUAGGCUCAGUUGAGUAUGCCCAGUUAAACCACAAUGACCACGAGUCAGAAGAACCAGAGCACGAACCCCGGCCUGAACCAGAGCCAGAACCAGAACAAGGGUCAGAACAAGACGGACAACUUGAAUGACCACCAUCAAUAUUUAUUCUCUGAUUUAUUCAGCCCAUUGAGCUGUUAUUGAUUUGAAUGCAUUUGUAUAUUUUCUAUAUUUUUUACACCUCUUCUUCUUAUUAACCUUUUGUACAGUCUUUAAAUGCCUGUAAUUAUGCCUUUGUGAAUUGAGAAUAAAACAAUGCAGCAGAAUGGGA